UUUGCUUGUUUCCCUUCCCUUUUCCGUCCGUCCGUUCGUUCAUCCGUUUCUCUUGGACGUCAUCCACCUCUCCCUCUCCCACCUUUUCUUAUCCAUCACUCAUUCCACCUGCACUGUCACCUUACCACCGCCACCGCCGCUCGCUCUUCUCCGCGAUAUUCUUUUGUCAUCUCACCAUUGACCAGGGAAAAGAAAAAAUCCAAAGUCGCCAAACGCACGUCGCUCCCAGCUCUCUCUAACCUUCACGUGAGAAAAAUACAUCACGAGUCAGCCAGUUAGCCAGCCAUGAGACUAUCGCCGCGCAUAUAGCACCAGCAGCAGGAGAAGUAGCAGCGUCACCGGGAGGAUAGAAAUAUAAUGCAAAGAAAUGUAGCCGUCGCGACUGGCGCGUUUCUCCGGCGCUCGCUCGCCAACACCAGCUUCAGUGAGGUGCCCAUUUGGCAGCACCAGGCAAAGGCAAAGACGACGACAUGGGCACUCGGCCUGCCAUCAGUCUCAUAUUCACACUCGCGCGCUCUAUCCAUCACCCCCUUCCGCCAAUCGCCAACCAAACCUAGCGUCACAUUCGCUGUGGCAUCCGCCUGGAGCCGCACAGUCCGACCAAGCACGCGCCUGCCGUCGACGACAAUUGAUGCCGCAAGCCGUCGCAACAAGACCUCUCUCCCCGAUGAUACCACACCCAAGCCUUCCACCUCUUCCUCUCAACCGCACACCCCGAGCCAGCUACCGCCCUCCUCUUCCACCGCUUCCUCCUCCACACCCCCCUCUACUCCACCGCCGCCCGAAGCGUCUUCACCUACUACUCCUCCCGAACCACCCGUGCCUCCGCCUUCUACCGGCACCCACUUCCUCGGCCACCUGCCACACCUGCCACACCUUCCGCACUUGAAACGUCCCAGUAAAGCAGAGCUGUUAGAUGCCGCGUCUGGCUUCUGGUCACGCAUCCGAGUUCACUUCAAAUGGCUCACCAUCAGGAGCACCCGCCCCUUCAACGCCGACGAGAUUUAUGCGCUGCUGUCCUGGAUUCUGGCUGCCCACUUCCUGUGGGUCGUAUUGGGCACAACCACAUUCUUCAUGCUGACCGUGUUCCUGGUCAACACCGUCUUUGCUCAAGAAUCCGUCGCGCAGUGGAUUGGCAAUUACCUGACACAGUCGUCGGGUAUCAAGGUCGUCUUUGAGUCGGCCGUCGUUCCCAAGUGGAAAGAUGGCGUCAUAUCCUUUCGAAACGUAUACGUCUCUCGCCGUCCUGGCCAGGAGCAUUCCAAAGUCAGCAAGGGCACGCAAACGUCCGCUGCAGCCGCAGCCGCCGCUAUCGCCCAGAAGGAAAAGGAGCUGGCCAGUGGUAUCGCCGAAGAAGAAGAGGACACAAACUACACCCAGUUCGACAUCUCCAUUGCCACGGUCAACGUCACGCUAUCUUUUUCCAAAUGGUUCAAUGGCAAAGGCCUGUUGAAGGAUGUGGAGAUCAAAGGCAUCCGAGGCGUGGUCGAUCGGACAUCUGUGCACACUGUCGAAGGCGUAGACCCUCGCUCUUACAAACACGAACAUAACCCGGGAGACUUUGAGCUCGACUCUUUCAAGAUGGAAGACGUGCUGGUGACCAUCUACCAGCCGGACAAGUUCCGUCCCUUCUCCGUCAGCAUCUACUCGUGCGAUCUGCCCAGGCUGCGCAAGCAGUGGUUGUUUUACGACUUCUUGUCUGCCAACAUGAUGUCUGGGUCUUUUGAUAAUUCGCUCUUCACGAUCCACCCUCGGCAAACGCACAAUUACACCGGUGCACAACUCAGCGAGGGCCGAGAAACCGAGGAUGGGAGCAGCUGGAAGAAGCAGAGCCGCAUCCGAAUUGACGGUCUCAACAUCGAUCAUCUCAACAGGGGCUACGAUGGCCCAUUCUCGUGGAUCUACGAAGGCAACGUUGACAUUGUCGCCGACAUCAUGCUUCCUAGCGACGAUGACGACAGCCUUGCCAAGGUCAUGUCGGACAUGUAUGAUCGCGUAGAAGCUACCGUCACCCAGAAUAACACACCUACCACGCGUCACUACUCGGAUCACGCCGCGCACGGCUUCGACGAUCAGGCUCGAGCACAGCACCUGGCUGAAGGGGAAGGUGAUGCGGAGCACAGCGAAGACAAUCGAUUCAUCAUCAUGGACGUGCGUGUGCAUCUCAACGAUGUGCGCGCUGCCGUGCCGCUCUUCACCAACGACAUCUCGUAUGUCAACAACGCCCUGGUGCGGCCGAUUGUCGCCUACAUCAACGCCAAGAAGACAUUUAUACCGGUCAAUUGCCGGGUUGUGAAGCGGGUAGGCGAGUUCGACGGCAGCUGGACCUUGUACGACAGUGGGCUGAUGGAUGACAUGUCGCGAGAGAUGUACGAUGCUUUUGCGCGCGAUGUGCUCGAAGACAACGUGUCGCGGAAGCGGCGCAUAAAGAAGGUUGGCAUUUGGACCUUGCAACUGGCCGCCCAAGCAUUGUUCCUGGGCCUCGCGGGAAACAUUGCGUAG